AUGGAUACAAGUAAAACCCAUCAGGAACAAAUGCUGCAGAACACGUCAGAACUCCAACAACUGGUUCUCACAGACACGAGCCAAUACAUCGUGGACGUCUACAUCAUCACCGUCGGCUCCACUCUUGUCGCCAUCCUCGGCAUUAUCGCCAACGUCAUCAACCAAGUCGUCUUCGCCAAGAUCGGCUUCAGGACAUCCAUGAAUCUUUCCUUGUUCAUCCUCUCUUCAAGCGAUUGCUUCAUGGGUUGCUGUACUAUAGCUUACAACGUUUGCCGUAUCUCCAGAAUUUUCCCUACCGAUUCUAUCAUAGAUUACAAAGUACCUCAAAGAGCUUUUGCAUACGCUCGCAUCGCGUUCACAGAUUUCUCAUCCGCUAUAACAAUUUACAUCUCGAUAGAACGCUGUCUUUGCGUCACUUUUCCGUUCACUUUUAAAUCAAUGUUCACUAUGAAACAAACUCUAAUCACCUUGUUUAGCAUCAUUCUGUUUUAUCUGGCAAACGAACUGCCGUUAUUCUGGACAAUGUGUGUUGAGCUCAAGUACGACAUCACGCGACAUUUUAUGCGGUACUUCCUCUGCGAGACCACACUCCACAACGAGGUUGUCAUGUCCAAUGACAUCAUCUUCGGCCUUAUCAUGUCAAGCGUCUGCCAAUUCUCGUCAGCUUUUUGCGGGAUUGUCAUGUACAGAGCUUUACAAAAAUCAUCUACAAUUCGUACCGCUGGCAAAAAUCACUUUCUUAACUCCGAAACUCCAAACGCGAAUUCGUUAUCGGUGAAAGAAAAACGUUUAGUUAAAAUGGUUUUGUUGCUUGUCAUUUUGUACAUCCCGACAAGUUUACCCAAUUUUAUCAUAGGAUGGGUUCGACUUUUUUACCCGGAGAUAUUUUCAUGGACGGUUUCGAACCUGUUUAACUUCUACACUUUAAACAACCUGGUCAACCUCUUUGGUAAUAUUCACGGGGCUAUCACCAUCUUGAUAUACGCGGGGUUUAACCCAGCCUACCGGCAAUACUUCGUCUUCGUUCGCUGUCGUAAGAUGAAGGCUAAAGAAAAAGAAAGCCAGGUGUAUAAUAAGUAA